AUGUACAGCCUUAUAAAGGGCUACAUAUCAAGGUCAAUUUUCUGGAAAUUUUUUAUCCCCAAUCAUUCGUGCAAGUUGCCUUAAUUUCGAGGAAGCUUUUUUUCAUAUGCGACCUGCUGUUUAUAUUUUUUAUUUACCUUUUCCAACUUGCAGCUAACCAGUUCCCUUUUUUUUGUUUUAGUGCACACGAAGAAGAAGGACAAGAGUCGCAAGUUAGCGAGGAAGCAGUUGAAACUCGUCCGCUAAAGGACAGACGAACAAAUUUCCGUUCGACCAGGAGCAAGUCUGAAAGCUCGGCCCAUUACUUGUCUUGGGAAAAUGUUUCGUUCUUAGGUGGUGAACUUCGUAAGACGAUCUCGAAAGGGUUUCAGUGGAUAGCUUAUCCAUCUGUUGGUAAGAUCAUGGAGAAGACCUGGCUCAUUUGUUCAGAUGUAGUAGUAGCACAGGCUUCAUGCAGCUCAUUUAGAUACUAAGUUUUGUGGCCGUGAUGUCUGCGUGUGUUGCUGAUGUGUAUUUUGUACCUUAAUUUAGCAAACUCUUCAUUAAGAUUGCAACUUUUGUUGAACAUGGCAAUGCCCACCGAUUUCCAUUUUCAAAAUUUUUAAAUACUCCAGUGUUAGAGGUUUCGUUUUUCGUACUUUUCCUAGCGGCUGUUGAAACCACGUGUAGGGAGAUCCAGGUCAUGCCAAACAAUCGCGGCUCCUUGUUUUGAUCAGCCGCGCCAGUCAGUCGCUCUUUGACAUGACAACGAGAAACCAUUGGAAAACAUGUUGUUUUUAAAAUCCAGGUUAAGCGUGUUAGUAAAAUUAAUAAUUUACCGCAUAAAACCUCAUUUCCAACCCUCCCCGAACUCCAUAGUGCGUUAAACAAAAAUGGCCUCGUUGUUUUAAAUUUUUCCUCGUCAUAAAAAUAUGGCGGCGAGUUUAUCGACACUAUCGACGAUUUAAUUUUCUUGAGAUUCCUUUGAAACCUCGUCAAUGAUAGUGUAAAUUGAUGAUUUUGUGUUUCCUUUAUUUUGUUGGUUUCAUAUGUCGUUCAUCUCGAUGGCAAGUAUUACAUGUUGUUUUCCUUUUAAGGCGACGUCCGGAUUUGAAGAAAUCUCUUUUUCGAGGGUCAUUCAUUGUUCUUAAUUAGAAUGAUUGAGUUACUUUAUAACCAGUGUAAUAAUGUAGUGUAUUGAAAUUUCAAAUUAUUCAUUUGUAGAGUCGAAAAUGUCCUUGAAAGCGAAAAGGAAAAAGCCAGAAGGAACAAAAGAAUACUUAGUA